AUGGACAGGGAAUGGAUAUUUUUAGAUAAGCACACUGAUGAAUAUAAUGCUGGAUUGCAUGCAUUCCUCAAUUAUGCCUUAGAGCAUGCUUCUUUUGAAGGUACAAUCAAGUGUCCAUGUAAAAGGUGUCAUAAUGGCUACAAUAGACUGCCUGCUGUUGUUGAGCAGCAUCUUUGGGUGGAUGGCAUGGAUCCAAAAUAUGUUAACAUCCCCUGGACUGAGCAUGGUGAGCAUUUACCAGCUGCAGUUGAUCAUAUUAUGGCAGGGCCUUCAUCAUAUCAACCAGAUUUUAAUUUGUCGGGACCGUCAUCACAUCAACCAGAUUCUGAUGUGCAAGAUAUGUUGCACGAUGCAUUUGGUAUGUACGAAGGUGAAGAUGAUUUACUAGAACCAGCAGAGACUACUGAAGGUCCAUCCUUGCCUAACGGCCCUACCCCUGAUGCACAAAGAUUUUACCAGCUUUUAGAAAAAGCUGACGCUGAAUUAUACCCUGGUGCAGGAAAAAAGAUGUUUGAUUUUUUGAUAAAGCUGUAUCAAAUAAAAGCAUUGAACAGUUGGAGUGAUGUAUCGUUCACACAAUUGCUUGAAUUGUUAAAGGCUUAUUUGCCCCCAGGGGAAACUCUUCCUGCUUCUUUCUAUUUAACAAAAAAGUUCAUCAAAAGUCUCGGGCUGACAUACCAGAAAAUCGAUGCGUGUCCAAACGAUUGCAUGUUAUAUUGGAAGGAAUAUGCUUCAGACACAGUUUGUCAUGUAUGUGGUACAAGUCGGUACAAAGAGAACACCUCCCCUACAAAGAAGGUACCAGCCAAGGUUUUGCGUUACUUUCCAUUACGGCCAAGGCUUCAAAGGUUGUACAUGUCUCGCCACACCUCUGAAUUUAUGGUUUGGCAUUCUGAAAAGAGACCACGAGAUGGGGUUCUACGUCAUCCAGCCGAUUCUCUUGCUUGGGAAGAAUUAGACAAAAUUGACAAUAAUUUUGGCUCUGAUGGUCGAAAUGUUCGUUUGGGCGUAGCCAGUGACGGAUUCAAUCCUUUCGGUAUGAUGAGUUUGUCCCACAGUACUUGGCCUGUUAUCGUUACUGUUUACAAUCUCCCUCCUUGGUUAUGCAUGAAAAAGUCAUACAUGAUGCUAUCGUUGCUCAUUCCAGGCCCUAAAAGUCCAGGGAAUGACAUAGAUGUGUACCUGCAACCUUUGAUAGAUGAAUUGAAAAUUCUAUGGAUAGAAGGGGUUCCUACGUAUGAUGCAUUAAAAAAAGAGGUUUUUCAGAUGAGAGCUGCAUUAUUGUGGACUAUAAAUGACUUCCCAGCAUAUGCCAUGUUGUCUGGAUAUAGCACAAAAGGAUCUAAAGCUUGCCCAACUUGUGGUGAAGAGACUGAUUCUUUUAGGUUGCAUCACGGUAAGAAAGAAAUCUACAUGGGACAUCGAAAGUGGCUGCCAGAUAACCAUAUUUUUCGCACAUGGUAUAAUAACUUCAAUGGAUCAACUGAGCAUCGUAAACCCCCUAAACCAAUGACAGGUUUAGAUUGUUUGAGGGCGUUAAGUACAUUGGAGUUCCAGUUUGGAAAGGGAAAGGAAACAAGCUCUAGUCGUAAAAGGAAACGAGUUCAAAAUAAUGAUAACACAAAAUACACAGGACCGUGGAGGAAGCAAAGUAUUUUUUUUCAACUACCUUAUUGGAAGGACUUAUUAUUGCGUCACAAUAUCGAUGUCAUGCAUGUUGAGAAGAAUGUUACAGAGAGUGUCAUUGGGACUUUGCUUGGAAUUGAUGGAAAAAAUAAAGAUAGCUUAAAGGCACGCCUUGACAUGGUCUUAAUGGGUGUUAAGCAUUCGCUCCAUUCUGAGGCACGUGGUGACCGAACAUGGCUACCCCCGGCGAAAUACACUUUAUCCAAAGACGAGAAGACACUAAUGUGCAAAGUACUUGAGUCGGUUAGGGUGUCUGAUGGAUUUUCAUCAAACAUUCGUAGAUGUGUAAGAGUUGAUGAAAGAAAAUUGGUUGGUCUUAAAAGUCAUGAUUGUCACAUAAUUAUGCAGUAUCUACUUCCAGUGGCCAUCCGUCGUUCACUAAACCCAGACAUAACCAAGGUAUUAUUGGAACUCAGUGCUUUUUUCAGACAAUUAUGUACCAAAGUUGGCACCGUAGACCAUUUUCGUGCUUUGUCAAAUCGGAUUGCUGAAACACUUUGCAAAUUAGAGAUGAUAAUGCCACCAUCUUUUUUUGACGUCAUGGUACACCUUCUAAUACACUUAGCAGACGAGGUAGCAAUUGCAGGACCUGUGCAAUUUCGAUGGAUGUACCCAAUCGAAAGAUACUUACAUGACUUAAAAAAGUAUGUACGCAAUAGGAGUCGGCCUGAGGCAAGCAUCGCCGAGGGUUAUAUAAUUGAAGAAUGUCUAUCAUUUUGCACAAUGUAUCUGUCAGAUGGAGUUGAGUCAAAAAGAACAAGAAUUGGUCGUAAUGCUGAUGACCCUGGGAUUGUUCCUCGUGAAGGAUUACCAUUAUUUGUCGGGAUGGGACGAUCUAUAGAACCAGGACACGAGUUUACACUAACUGACCUUGAGUGGGAACGCGCACAUACACAUGUGUUGAUAAAUUGCCCUCAGAUUAAGCAACAUCUAGACGACCAUGUGGCAAACACACAGCGGACUAAGAAUAGACGCACAACUUUGAUGGAGGCUGAAAGACAAGCAAAUAAUACAUUUUCGAUAUAUUUUCAGGAAUUGAUUGAGAGAAGAGUACAACGAAAAGAAUUUGUUGACCCAGACAUUCGAGCCUUGGCUAUAGGACCAGAUAAAAAGGCAAGGCGAUUCAACAACUAUGCUACUACGGGAGAUCGUAGACCAAGGGAUGGUGUAAAAGACUACUACGGUGUACUAACAGACAUCAUUGAGCUAGAUUAUCACCAUGGUCGGAAAGUCUUAUUAUUCGAUUGUGAUUGGGCAGAUAAUAGAGUUCGCAAUAGAGCCGUCAAAAUGGAUGAGUAUGGCUUCAUUUUGGUAAAUUUUGAUCAUCUACUUCCUAAACCGGACACUCUCAUUCUUGCAUCACAAUCAGUGCAAUUUUUCUAUGUUCAAGACCCAACUGAACCGAAUUGGCACACAGUGAUCCGAACCCGACCCAGAGAUUUAUUUGAUAUGGGCACAGACAUAGAACCGGAGCCUUAUGAUGCCCAAAAUUUGAUUGUAGGGAUUAACGAUGACGGAAUAGCAAGAACAGACAUGGACGGUGUUCUAGUGAAUGAUGUCAUAGAAUGA